CAGACAUAGCCAUGUAGCCCUGUGAACGGGGUCACCUUGACUUUGAAGCUAUGCAGUCGCAGUUUCGUUCAGCAUUUGUAGACUUUGACCUUGACGCAACCAUUUCAGAGAGCAAUAUCACCGACUUGAAGUAUGUAACUAAAGGGGGCUUUGCGCUGGUCCACCACGCGCGCAUCGGCGCUACGCCAGUCGCUGUAAAAGUCCUGAAACCCGAUUUCCACUUUAAGACACAGAACUACCUAAAGUUCCUGCAGGAGGUCUCUUUCCACUUGGCGCUGUCUCACACGUGCAUCGUUCGUGCAUUGGGUUUCUGCUCCAUUCCUGCGGGGCGCCUGAUCUCAUGCACGCCGCCGGACCUGCUGGUUCCGUCGGUUGCGGAACGCAAGGGGCUCAAAGGUCUGCCGGCGAAGCGGGCCGCGGCCCAGGAGUGGUUCAAUGGGAGGAAGCUGGCGAAAUGCUGGGCCCUGGUGCUGGAGCUGAUGCCUGACGGAAACCUUUUUGACCAGGUCAUCAAGGCCAAGGAGGCCGCGGCGUCAGCAGCAGCCGGCCGCAGCUCGCCCGCGCCGCCACCGCGCCGGUCGCACAACGGAGCUGCCGCGAGCGCAGGGGCUUCGGGGCCUGCGGGUGCUUUGGGGGCCGUGUACAGCGAUGCGCAGGCUCUUGCGUGGAUGGUGGAGGUGGCGGAGGCAAUGGCGUACCUGCACAGUCGCCAGCCGCUGCUGAUACACAGGGACCUGAAGCUUGAGAACAUCCUGUUGUGUCGCCAGGCCGACGGCGCGCUGCACGCCCGGCUGUCGGACUUCGGACUCAUGGUGGCCAUUGAUGACGCCGGAAACAAGCUGCCGCUGCCGCAGAUCUUGAGGGCACCGGGUCAGGACACAAGUGCGCUGCUCACGCCACAUGCCUCGCCGCUCAAAGCCGGCGCCGCCGCGGCCCCCAACGCGGCGGCGCUGGCGGCCGUGCCCGGCGGCGCUGCUGGUAACGGCUACGUCCACGCCUCCAACGCCGUCGCCGGCGGCGGCGGCGCCGGCGGCGCCAUGGUGGGCGGUGCCUACGGCGCUUGGACGGGAGGCGCCGGCGUCGGGCUGCUGACGCAGCAACAGCAGCAACAGCGCGGGGAAAUGCAGCUGAUGGGUCGCAAGUCAAUAUCAGCCAAGUCGCUGUUUCCCAGUGGCGGCGCGGACGCCGGGUCAGGGGCCAUGGUGGCGCCGCGACCCGGGAGCCUGGCGGGAGUGGCGCAUGCCGGGGCGGCGUUUGGGCAAGGCGCCGCAGCGGGGGCGGCGACGCAGGGCCCCGGAGCGCGGAUGGCAGCGCCUGCAGCGGAUGGGGCUGGAGCGGGAGGCGCCGGUGGGGCGACAGGCGUCACUGCCUCGCCUUCGCGGCUGUCGGAGACUGGGUCGGGCGCGGUGAGCCUGGAGCAGCUGAACGGGCUGCUACGGGCGGGCAAGGCGCACAAGGACUUCCUGCCCGACAUGUACCAGAUGAACUUCAGGCUCACAACCCAGUGCGGCAGCAUCUGCUACAUGCCGCCCGAAGUGGCGCGGGAGCAGCCCUACAAUCAGAAGGCAGACGUCUUCUCCUUCGCCUGCAUCAUGUUCGAGGUGCUCACCCGCACACUGCUCAGCGACGGCAUUCCCGACAACGACGCGGACGCGGCCAUGGAGUAUGUGGGGCGGGUGGCCUGGAGCGGGUGGCGGCCCAACCUGCCGCCCGCCAUGCCCAAGGACCUGCGGCUGCUGCUGUCGCUGUGCUGGCACAGGGAGCCGCGCCUGCGCCCCAACUUCCCCACCAUCACCGCCCGGCUGCGGGAGCUGAUGAUGAGCGCCUGCAUGCCGUACGUGCCGUUCCCCAUGCAGCCCAUGCAGCAGCCCAUGCAGCAGCCCAUGCAGCCCAUGUUAACGCCGUCGCCGGGCGCAGCUGGGCUGGGCGCAAUGACAGGCCUGCUAGGCCUGCCGCCUCGGCCGCCGAGCGCCACGCCAUCCUAUCAAUCCCUGCUCUCACAACCCCAGCAGCAGCAGCAGCAGCAUGUGGGGUCGCAAUCGGGGUCGCAGCCUCACUCGCGGGCGGGCUCGCAGCCACAGCUCGGCUUCGUGUCGCCCGCCUCCUCUCAGCCGCACACGCCCGCCACCGCCAGCCUUGUGGGCUUCACACACACUGACGCCACCAACAGCCCUGCCCAGCAGCCCGCCGGCGCAGCCGCCGCAGGGCCGGGUGCGGCGGCGGCAGCCGUGGGGGCUGCGGCAGCAGCGGGCGCCGCCGCCGCCGCCAACGGCGCGCCAGCAGGCGGGCUGCUGACGCCCACGCAGCAAAAGAUCCAGGCACUCCAGGCGGAGUUGGCGAAGAUGCAGGCACUGGCGGCGGCGCGCGCCAGCGCCGCCAGCAGCAGCGCCGCCGGCGCUGUCGCCAGCCGUGUUUCGGCCUCCGGCGGCGGCGGCGGCGGCGCCUCCGUCGUGCCAAGUGCCGCUUCCCUGGCGUCGCCCGUCGACGGCCGCGGGCCCAGCCCUGCUGACGCUGGCGGCGCGGGGGCGGGAGCCGCGGUGGAGUCGGUUCCCGGCGGGCCGACGUCGCCUUCGGCGGCGGCUGGACAUCAGCGGUGGCAGCCGGGCAGCUUGCCGGGCGCAGCGGUAAAGAUGCCGCCAGCGGGCGCGGCUGCCGCCGGCGCUUGGGCCCCGGGGUUCACAACCGGCACCAACGCACGCAGGGCGUCGCUGCCAGCGAUGAUGCUGACGACCAUGCCGGAAAUGGGCGACGGAAAGGCGUUCGAGGCGGCGAUGGCGGCGGCGGGCGGCGGGCGCAUGAGCGACUUCGGUGUGGGGGCUGUAGGUGCAGCAGGCGGUGGGGGCGUGCUGCUUGGCAGUGGCAUGGGUGGUGGGCUUGGGCCCGGGGCGUGUUUGGACGUCAACACGAACUUCAGCAUCAUGUCCGCCGACGGGCCGCUGGCGGCGGCGGGGUGGACGCGCUCUUCGGCGCCGCAAAACACAGCCGGGUAUGGCGGCGGCGGCGGCGGUGGAGGCAUGCUGAUGAUGGCGGCGGGCGCGAGCCGGGCGGGCGGUAGCAAUCAUAGCCAGUCGCAGCUGCAGGCCCAGACGGCGGCGGCGGCGGCGGCGCACGUGGCUUCCGGCGGGGGCUACAUGAAGCCGUCGGGCAGCAGCGGCGCGGUGGGGGCCUUGGGCGGCGGCGGCAGCGGCGCGGACUCGGCGAUGGCAGGGGUGGGCGUGCAUAAGAGCGACGCGAGUGCAGGCGCGGUGUCGGUUGCGGCGUCGGCGGCGACGUCUGCCGCCGCGCCGAGGCAACCUGUCAGGAGCCAAAACGCCGGGUGCGUAGCUUGUGUCAUUUCCUAGCGCGCGUACAGCUGGGGCGACCGUGCAGAACAAGGCCUAAGCUCUUGAUGCGCGCUACCUUACAUAGGAUUGACCAUCAUUCCCUGCUGGUCACAUCAUACAUAUGCUGCUGCACACGGAUGCUCAUUCUUUGCAAGCGCACUGCUGAACUGCAAACCGGUCGCGGCACGCACGCACUAGCGGACGUGAUGGCUUGGCGCCAACAAUAAACACCGCCGGUGACCGGCGGUACGUAUCGUAGGGCACUGCCGGGAGCAUGAGUAUGAGGUUUCGUGAGGAGAGCAAGACUGCAGGCCGGUGCGGGCAAGGUUAGUUUCCAGUCGGUGCGCCGCAUGCGUGCACGUGCUGGCAUGCCCGGGUGGAUGGGUGGGUGGAUGGGUGGGUGCGCAUGUGGCUGCUGCUGCGAGGCCCGACGUAUCCUUGCUUGUGCUGCGUUGAGUGAAACGUAUGCAUGUGUGUGUGUGUAUGUGUGUGUGUGUGUGUGUGUGUGUGUGUGCUGCUGGGGGUCACACGCUGAGCAUGUUUAAUUGGGUGAGGUCGAGCCUGAGCAGCGUAAAGCGCUUCACAUCAACACGUACCGCCGUACAUGCAUCAGCACGGCGGCGAAGAAGCUUCUACUAACGAGUGCGCUAUCCAGCUAGCUAGCUACUGAUGGUGAGGCGGAGAUUGCGUGGCUGUUGGCGUGGCUCGUGGGUGGCAAUCAGGGGCGGCAGCGUACGGUGUUACGCACGGGUGCAGGACGCGCGGAUGCAAUGGAUUUUAUAUAUCAAGACGGAGGUGUUUGCGCCAUUGAGAAUCCAUGGCUGCAUACAUAGCUAGGUGGCAGCGGUCAGCAGCAUUGGUGCCGUUUUGUGUUGUGGAGCGAUCGAUUGAAAGGUGCGUUGUGUGCAGUACUAGGGGGGGCGGAUGGAGGCACCUCCCGCGAUGUGCACGGCGGUGGCUUGUGUGGUGCACAGAUUUGUGUCACACAGCUGGCGAGACCCGCGCGGAGGCAAGGGUGUUGAAGUUGGUGCGCGGAAUUGGUGACCUCUGGGAGAGGGGCGGCGCGCUCAAGCAAGGCCAGGAGGAGUGACGUCGUGAAGCCGGCGUGGGGCAUUUUGCGCUUCAGCCAUCGGUCGCCUUAAAGGCUCGCUGCAGUGUGCUUUCAAAAUGUUUGCGGUGAUGCCGUGGUGCUGCUGUGCCACUUGUCGAGUGCCGAUAGUGG